AUGGGCGCCGGGCAGAUUCGGACUCCUCCGGGACCGCCCUGGCCCGGCGGGGAGGAGGUCGCUGGCCCUCGCCUGCGCUGCGGCCCUUCCCGUAGCCCGCCGGGCGGGAGGACGGGGCCGUUGGAGUGCCUGAUCCAGUUGGUGAGAGCAGGCGCCACCCUGAACGCCUCCACCACUCGCUACGCUCAGACCCCGGCCCACAUCGCGGCAUUCGGAGGACACCCUCAGUGCCUAGUCUGGCUGAUCCAAGCUGGGGCCAACAUUAAUAAGCCGGACUGUGAGGGGGAAACUCCCAUUCACAAAGCCGCCCGCUCUGGGAGCCUGGAGUGCCUCAGCGCCCUGGUGGCAAACGGGGCUCACACUGACUACGUAAUUCGAAUUGACUUGAGUUUUUCAAGUAAUCCUAGAAAGGGGGAGCAUUCCAUAUAGAAACUGCUGAAACUGCCACAGG